AUGGGGCGGAUAGAACCUCAGAGAGCAAAUGUCGCAGUCCUGGAAGUUCCCUGCGCGCCCACCAGAUGGCGGCAACCGCCACCGCAGAAGGCGGGGGGCCGCGCCCCGAGUCGCCGACUCCUGCACUCUCUUCCCGACGGCCUAGCGUGCAGCCCCUCAGCGCUGCGGGCCUUGAGGAGAGGAGUUCGGGGCAGUGGCGCCCCGGCUUCAGAUCGCAAGGCGAGGCGGUCUGGACCUAGCACGGCACCCGGUGCCGGGCGCGUCCCUGCGACAAACAAGAGCGGUACAAACGCCGCACGCUUAAAUGCUUUCUGCGGAGACAGCGCCUUCCACUCUCACCGCAUUCUCUUGGGGAACAGGGCCAGGGAAUCCGCGGACUGUGCUGGUUCCCACAAGCAGACCGCGACCGGGCCGGUUCCAGACCGAGGCUGCGAUUCCCGGGCCCGCGCUCCGGCCUCGCUCCACACCCACUCGGUCUCCCCGCGAGGACAACGUCCGUGUGGCUUCCAUCCGACCUCGGCGUGGGAAGCAGCCCUCCCCUCGCUAAUAGGUCAGCUUGAGAAGGCUGCGCGGUGGGGACACUCGCUCACCUGUGGGUCUCCCAAGGCUGGGGUCUCGGUGCUCAGUGCUGGGGCUCACAGCGUGAGGGAGGCCCCCAUCUUGGGCCCUGGGGGUCGGCUCCUGCGCCUGGGUCCCGCUGGGCACCGGGGGCCUCCACACGGCUCUGUCACAGUGGAAGAUGGGACAAGGUGCAUCCAAAGCCACAGCCACCGCGUGCAGAACAAGGCCCGAGGAAAACGACACACAGCUCAGGACCUGGGAGGCAAGGUGGCCGCGGCUCCGCGGAUGUUGUGUAAGCAGCUUACAGAAAAUAAAUGAAGCGAAAUAAACCAGGUCAGAAGCAGGUUCACCAGUGCCUGCGGGCCACAGGUUUGCAAGGAAGCACUUGACUGAGGAGACAAUUUAUGAUCCGCGGUAAUGCAUCUUUUUUGUCUCACUAUGUAAGAAGCGAGUGAGGAAGAGAGGGAAAACGAACGAACUGUGUUGUGAAUGGGGGAGGGAUUCCGUGACUGAUGACACCACCGAGGGGAAAUAACCACGCUUGAGCGGAUCCAAGCCUUUUUUGUAGAUUAAACUUCCUUGCCUAAAAAUAAAUGUGGAAGGGAAAGGGGAUCCAAAUGCCCUUUUGCCAGACAGCCACUGUCUGGUUCUAGCCCGCCGGAUUUCUGGGCCUUUGUGUGUGGCUUCACCCUCUCCACCAGGCCUCGGGGCCUGAGGAAGCUGAGGGAGAGGCCCUUGUGUGCAGUGGCCGCCAGAGCACCCCGGUGGCCUGUCCAGCACACAGUGGUGAUGAGCUGUGUCUCUGUAUCUGACUUCCAUGGAUACGUGUGCCUUAAAUAUUUGCUAUGCCUAAUUUGAAUUGCUUUGGGUCUGCUGAAAUAAUUCAAACCUAAGUUUUCUCUCACUGUGGACAGUGCCACUCCCCCACCACUUCCUCUUCAGCAGGAAGUCAGUACCUGGGAGUGGAUAUCCACUUUCUUACAGGGAACAGUGUAGCUCGACAAGUAUAAAAAUGCAAGCAAAACUCAAUAAUACAAACUCACCUGCCAAGCCGGGCGCACCAGGUCAGCUCAUUGAUGGUGCCGUUCAUGAACCAGGGAGCCGAGCAGCUGCAGUCACACUGGGACCAACUGCUCUGCUCUCGUGUUGGUCGGAGCAAAAAUAGCUUUUGACAAGACAGUGGAGGUCAAACACCAGACUCAGUAUAGAACUGUCUCCUCUCGGUUAUUUCCCACCAUUAAACACCCUGCAGACAAGUCGGUGAAAAAUAUACUGUCUUUCAUGAAAAUUGAUUCUUGCAAGCCACACACAUUCUGAAGAGCAAGACAAAAUGUUGUAGAAUAUCAACAAUAAAUUUCCUUCAGAAAGCUCGAGUUCCUCUCCUCCCACUUUUAUGGGAAAUACAUUUAUUGAUCAUGGCCUGCAUUUUUGUUGAAGCCACUUGGCAAAUAAGGUGCCCUGCAGAUCAUCCUCUGAGAGAAGACAGUGCUAUUGCCUCCUGAGACAGAGCUGCAAGCCCCAGAACCCAAGGCCACCGAGUUCUCCCCAACCUGACCAGCUGACCAUUUCCCAGGCUGGGAUAAAAAGAGAGAGAGAGAGAGAGAAGGAAGAAGCUGGAAGGAGACUGCCAAGUCCUAACCCUGGGUAGAAGGAGCAGGCACUGUCCCUUGAGACUCGGGGACUGGCCCUACGAUGCCGGGUCCCCAAGUCUGUGGACGUUCAGUAUUUGCACACAGCCCACAUAUAUCCUCCCAUGUACCCCAGUCAUGUUUACGUUUCCUGUAAUACCCAGUGCAAUAUACAUGCUAUGCAAACUGUUGCUCUGCUGUACGUUUAGGGACUAAUGACAAGAAAAAUGUCCACGUGUUCAGUACGGAUGAGAUUUCCCUAGGCAUUUUCUUUAUUUUGUCAUGUGGAAAGUCAUUCUUUUUUUUUUUCAGCUUUGAGUU